GAAGACGCUACAGUUCUUGAAACGCAAAACGAGAAAUUUCUUGCAAGGAAAUAACUAUUUUCUUCUGAACUAAACAUCUAUUGCUGUGGCAGCGAUUUAACAUUAUAUCGGUAACUUGUAUAUGUUUUAAAGAAGCAUAACAACAUAUAAAGCAAAAUGAAAAACGCAUUGCUGAUAUUAUUCAUUGCGUGUUCACUGCAGAGCGCAUUAGCUUUUCUUUGGGACAGACCAGGCGGAGGUCAAUUUGGGACCCGAUUUCCAACCACAACUAUCAUUAACCCAACACGGACGACUAGAACUACAACAACGCAACCUCGUCCCUGCAGAUACAGGGGUUGGGGAAAAUGUACAAGCGGACAUAGUUCGACAAGAACGAAACAACCUUUGCCGGGUUACUCUCAUUGCGCUCCGGUGACAGAAGCUUGUUCCAUCGGAGCACAAAUGGGCGCAACCUUCAUUUCUAGUUUGUCGACCCCGGGCCAAACCGUAUCCGUGAGACCAGUUAGUCAACCAGGUGAUUCAAGGGUUCAUGUGGUGGGGAGCAUCCCUACGUUGGCCAAUCGUGGAAAUGGAGCAGCAGUGCCAAGAAACAGAAGUGCUGCUAUUGAACAAAUCUUGACACAGGCGACAGCGGUGCGACAAUGCGCAGGGGACCAGCGAAUGGGAAAUUGCAAUCCAGUAGGAGCUGGACGAAAAAGGCGACAAGUUUCAUCUGGCUUUCCGAUCGUGCAAACUAAACGAGAUGUCCUAAUGCUUCUUGAUGAAAGUGGCAGCGUUGGUUACAGAAGGUUCCACAGCAAAGUUAAAAGAAUAGCAGCAGCAAUAGUGGAAGUUUUGUGUAAUGACAUCGCUGUUGCACCACACAAGACCAGAGUCGCUGUGACGUCAUUUGAUCAAAUCACCCACGAUCAUAUUCGGCUAAAGGAUUUUUACCCCUCUCCAGCUGCUCUCGCUGGAUACAUACGUUCUCCAUAUAAUAUUCGAUACAGCUAUUAUACAUCCCGGCGAACAUGUCUUGUGGACGCUCUGAUUCACGCUUAUGUUGAGAUGAGUGCAACCAUCAAUGGGGGAAGGCAGAGUCAAAACAACGUAGAGCAAGACAUCAUUCUGAUUACUGACGGAUGCGCCAACUGCCAUCACUACGGAGUGUCCACUGAGCAAGUGUUGCAAAAUCUUGCUGACUUCUUCGUUCAGCAAGGAAUGCAUAUUUACGUAAUAGGAGUAGGUCUGCAGCAUGCAUGUCGGCAAAAACUGAGGAUUCUGGCCCAGGGUGGUCGUUGCUACCAUUUCUUCUUCUUGGAUAGAUGGAAUUACGAAGUGAACGACUUCAUUCAGCAAUUAGAAUUCCCACCCGCAAACCAAUGCCUGCAGUUGUUCGAAAGUCCAACUCAACUGUGUAUUCCCGGCAGCGGCAAAUAAAUGUAUUUCGUAUUAUUAGCAACCCACUAAUCAUACACAAACGUGUCCAUUUCCUUUAGUUUUCAUGAUGUUCUUUAUGCUUUACUUCUAGUGAUAAAAAAACUAUUGACAUAAUCUAAUUCUAAAUAAAACGUAUGAACCAAAAGAUUACCCACACAUGUGUUGGAAUAUUUCCAAAUUUGGUUCCGAGUAAAAAUACAACAAUAGAUAGAUCAGUGAGAAUGUGAAACUUCGCAUUUGUUUUAAUAAAAAACAUUUCUGUUCAAGA